AUGGAUGAACAAAUGUCCCUACCAGUCACGCCUUCACCCAUUGCCUCCCUGCAGCCUCGGUUGGAGCCGGAACCCAUCAGGGAACAAGUCACAACACCACCUGAGCAUAUUGUGGAGGAAGAACCUUCAUAUAUGGUUGAGGAGUCAAUUAAAGACUUUGGUCCUACUUUCGAAGGAUCAGAUAAAGAACAAGGACCUAGCUAUUCGGAAAGGUAUGUCCACGAAGUUUAG